AUGCUCAUCUCACAGUUCCAAACAAGUUGGCGAGCACAUGCACUUAGACAGUAUACACAGGCUAUAAGGGAAUUGCGACGAAGUAUCGAGAAUGGUGUUUCUGUUGCAGACGAGUCGACAUUUGCGACUAUCCUCAUACUACAUGUCUUUGGUAGAUUCGGAGACGUUAACAGUGACUCGUCCAUGGCACACCUAUCCGCAGCAGCCAGGUUGAAUGCCGCCAUCAAUCGACCUCCUUCAAAUGCUCACCAAGGGUUGAUUGUAGAGGCAUUCAUCUAUCAGAUUGCAAAAAACAGUACCUUUCGACCUAGCCCCUUGGAAAGCUAUGGCGACCUCUCAAGAAUAAUACGGCUUUGGUCGGAUUCUUCUGUGCUACAGCAGAGUACCUCCAGCCCUCAACUCAAGAAAGCCGGGCUAUCGGCUUUCCUCCCUAUCUGGACUUUUGACAUCAUAUUUAAAGCCUCCCAUAUACUACACAACAGGAGUAACAUUUCUUCAGACAACCUGGAGAAAAAGCUAAAUGAACUGCAUAUGCAACUCGACAAGCUUCAGCAAGGACUCUCACCUCCUGACAGUCCCCGUGAAGAGAAAGCUGUCAAACAGAUGAUCCCGGAGACCCACGAAGAGGCAGUAGUCCCGUUCAAGCUGGACACAAGCUCUUCCUAUAAAGACUACGCCGAUGAGGGCUUCCACAUGCGACAGCUCUACUUCUUGGCAACGAUCCUCCUCAUCUCGAAGCUGGAGCGCCCAGCCACCACAGUCGACGAUUCGAACGUUACGACAAUCUUCGAAUCCGCAUUGUUUCAUCUCCGCCACGUCCGAGCCGAUAUGCCGUGCCUACUUUGGCCUAUCACUGUACUUGGCAUUGCCGCUUCGUCAAGCCAAGACAAGUCGGUGAUUAUUGCACACGUGGAAGCGAUGCGUCACUUUGCAGGUGAGCGGUCGGCAACGUCAGUUCUGCAGUUUCUGGCAUUGGCAUGGGGAACUCAGGAUGCGUCAUCUGCUGUUGAGUUGGAGGAAAAAUGUCAGGAAGGUUUGGGAAAGGAGGGAGCCGGGUCCCCAGCUGGGUUUGGCUAUUCUUCUGCAGGUUUGGACAGUGCUUUGGGGCUGGAUGUUUUAUUCAACGAGUCACUUAUGAGGACAGUCAUUGUGUAG